CGGGAGAUGGUUCAGAAAAUACAGAAUAAGGGAACAAUAUCAGAUAACGUCCUAUCUCACAUGGGUUCCAUGUUGCUGGGGCUCAGCCCUACCUACCUCCAGCAGUUGUCGGCCAACCAAAUUUUGCAGCUGUUACCAACCUUGACUAUGAAUGUGGACUCAAUGAGCCCCGCGCAACGACUCGCUGUGCUUCAGAGGCUGUGGGCUGGAGGUAAUAUGACGGCCAGACUACAAGACUUGGGCUCUCUGUUGCAAUCAUUGCCACUGAUUCAGUUGCGCAGACAAAUCUCUGAUGUACUGUCUGACUUACCAAGAGCGGCUAUUGCAAGCUGGAACAUGCAGCAGGCACAGUUGCUGUUUCGUGAAGGUUCAAGGAGACGUGCGAUACAAGAGGAUGCCAAUUCUCUAGGGAACCUGGUGGCUGGUGCUGACUGUAAUUCCCUAAGCGGCUUUCUAAGUGAUAACGUAACACAGACUCUGAAGCAACUUUAUGGCAUCAAAGUGCCAUUAGCCCCUUGUCUGAUUCAGUGUGUUGUGGACCAGCUGACCUCUCUUACACUGACUGUAGAACUGCUGAAUAAUUUGGAUCCACAGAUUGGCGCUGAGAUACCGCCCAGUAAGGUCUCUAUCCUUGGCCCCUCAAGCUGCAGGUCUUUGCUGGAGAGCCUAAAGUCACAGCCUCAGUUUGUAACUGCCUUACCUCAGCAGCGCCAGCUUCUUCUAUUGGAUGCUCUGUCUAGCUGCUUGGGACUAGCUGGGACUUCAUCCCUACAAGAAAUAUUUGUGGCUCUUGGUGUUCUCACUCCAUUUCUCAAAAACUCGACCUUCCUAUCUGUGUUCCAUGGAAUCCUAGCACAGGCUGUAGAGAGUGUCACCAAUUACUGCUUCCUUCCAAAGACACAGAUGCUGCUCACAAGCGUACUACAGGAGCCACAGGAGUUUGGGCCUCCUAACCUUUGGAUGCCAACGGUUCUAGAGCGUUUGGAUAGGCUGGUUCCCCUCUUUCCAGCACAAUCCCUGCAAAUUCUCAACACAUCUGCUCUGUCCACGGCGUGGGUUCUGACGAUUUUCUCUGAAGACUAUAGGUGGAGAAAGUCACCUUUAGGUGUGGUAUGCACAAAUAAUGAAAGUCCGCAACAGCGAGCAGAGAGUACAAGCAGACAGUGCAGCCUAUUCCAGCAGUCUUUGCUGGCACCAUCACCAGCCAGGGGGGCAGUACUUGGUCCUGAGUGCCAAACUCUUCAGGGUCUCGCGCCAUCUGCAUUGGGAGCUAAAGUUCUUCUAGGAAUGCCAAUUGUGGAGUUUAUGGACUGUCUGGAGGUGAUUGGUGGGGACCCUGAUAUACCCCUCAAGGAUCUUAAAAUUCUGUUUGCAAAACUCCUAAAGAUUGUGGGGCCUGUGUCUAACUUUACUCCUCUUCUGAUUGCUCGUCUCGGGAGACUGGCAACUCAGAUCAGUUAUCAGCAGCUCCAGAAAUUACCUCUUGGUAACAUGCAGGUGAUGGAGGCUCUUGGGAAGGAAAAAGAGUGGAGUUCAAAACAGUUACAGGCAUUGACCCGUGGCUUUCUACAAUCCAGCAAUCUCUCAGUGAACGGACUGGACACUUUGCAGUUGAUGGCACUUGGAUAUGCUGUGUGUGGGCUUCAGAGCACUGAUUUGCAGAAGCUUCAGCCUUUUGAGUUCUGUUCUGCGGUGCUGCAUUUGGGAUCUCUGUCUCUGAGUUGCACAGAGGAGCAGCUUUACAUUCUUACGCAGCUCUGUGCAAAGCCCGAUAUGUUUGGACCUGUAAGUGGAUGGACAGAAGAUAUUUUUAGGGAGAUGGGAACUGUAGCAGCUGGCUUGCAGGACAUUGAACUCUCUUCUUUAGUCCAGGAACAGAUUUGGGGUCUCUCUUCACUUGCAGUGUCCCGUCUGGAACCCAAAAAGUUUGCAGUCUGCUUCUCACCUGCGCAGCUCCGAUUUUUUUCCUGGUCCCAGGCCUCUGCAGUAACAGAGCAACAGGCUAAACUACUAGACAAAGGCCAACUGAAAGCAUUGUCAAUAGUACUAACAGGCCAAGAGGAUGGAACCCUUACCUACAGAGCGGGAUUGUCAUCUGAAGCUCCUCUUCCCUUCUACACUCUAAUUCUGUGUUGCGUGGUGCUUUCAUUAUUGCAAGGACAGUAAUUCCAGCAUGGCAACCCUGAAGAGGUGAUGGUCUCUUUGUAAAAUAUAAUCCUUCAUAUGUGCUACAUACACGCUCUUUGCAGAAUUCUACUACCUAAGGAAGAUGGCCAUGACGACUCAGGGCUGCUUUUGUAAUGAGGCAAAAUGCCACCCCUGGAAACGUUAACAGAUGAAUUUACUUUUUUUUCAAACCAGAAAUUGAAUGCAAUGUUCUUACCCCUCUAUCCACAUCCAAGUCUUGAAGAGUUAAAUACAUGAGAGGAGGAAAUGGAAUGGGGUUUGAAGCCUCAAGCAGCAGGAAGGCCAGAAGCACCCCCGAACAUACAAUACAUGUACUCUGUUCAUGAUUUCUUACCUUCUCUUGUACUAAAUGAAGUUUAUAAUUGAAUUUAUUAUGUAUUAAAGAAAACUGUUCCCCA